AUGACGACAACAACACAACACAGCACCAGCAGCACGACCGCCCGUGAGCCCCCCGACACAGCAGUUACCUCCUCCGCCUCCUCCUCUCCCGCCUCGCCGCGGCGCCUCUCCCAAGGGGCCCCACCUGCAACAGACAGCGACGCUGCGUCCACAGCAACCAGACCCAAGAUUGGCACGAGAAAGAGCAGCGGGACUAUCAUUGUGCCGCGCGAUGCACCGAACGUCGAGCUGAAGAAGGGUGAGGAGGUGUUCGAUGAGGACGAUGCUAGGGCCAUGAGCCCGAGGAGGAACAGCGAGGAUCUGGAGAAGAUGAGCCAAGAGGCUAGAGCACAGCUUUCACAACACGCGAAGCUCCUCCAAGAGUCCCUUCUCGAGAUCUACAACCGCAUAGAGGCGGUCAAGGAAGAGCACGACAAGCUCGACUCGAACAACAAGUUCCUCCAAAAGUACAUCGGCGACCUCAUGUCCACCUCCAAGAUCACCGCUACUGGCUCUGGAAACAGGAAGAAGUAG